AUGAUCCGGUGCAUGCAAAUCAAUUUGAACCAUUGUUGGGUGACCCAGCAACUCCUUAAGCAGACGGUGUUGGAUCAAUCACUCAAUGUUGUACUUGUAUCGGAGCAGCUGCGCAAACCAUCGGAUGAUGCGAACUGGGUCUCUAGCAAUGAUAAUAAGUGUGCUGCGGUCGCUGUUGGCCACUCAGCGCCUCCCAUCGAGAACAAGGGUAGUGGAACGGGCUUUGCUUGGAUCAAGCUGGGGAGCCUGGUGAUUUACAGCUGCUACUAUACUCCUAAUUGUAGUGCGGCUGAGUUUGAGGAAUAUCUCUGCUGCUUGGAUGAAUCGAUCCGUGUUCACCAGAAUUGUCAAGUCGUGGUGGGGGGGGGGGGAGACUUGAAUGCUCACUCAGCGAUUUGGGGAUGCCCGAGGGACGGCGCAAGGGGUGAUCUCCUGGUGGACUUUGUCGUCUCACUCGACUUAAUGUCUUACAAUAUCGGUUCUUCCCCCACCUACGUUAGGUACAAUGCUCAGUCGAUUGUUGAUGUUACCUUCGCUCGCCUGGAGCCAUGCGCGGAAAUCAGGAAUUGGCGAGUUCGAUCGGACCUGAAUUCAGAGAGCGACCACCGUUAUAUUACCUAUGAGUUGGCUAAAAGGCCCCAAUUCGAGUUAAAUAUACCCCACGUCUCUCGUAGGUGGGCGGUCAGGAAGCUCGAUUGGACGGAGUUACGAACACGGCUCACCAAUGCUCCUCAAGAGCUUACUCUCUCAGAUGGGGUGGACCCGGAUGCGAUGGCUGGUGCUCUCAACGAUAUUUUAGUAGAUCUGUGCGACCACUCCAUGCCUCGUCGCGCCGUGCUACGAGACCGUAAAACGGUGCACUGGUGGACGGACGAGAUAGCAGCACUACGCCGGGCUAGCUUCAGGGCGCGCAGAAGGUACAAGCGCGCAGGUCGGAGAGACGACGCUGAGGAGAGGGCCAGAGAGCGGUAA